CUGACGUCAUCAGACCGCGCCGGAAAGGACCCUCGUGCUGCCUAGGAGACGGGACGCGAGCCGGGCAGCUGACCGAGACUGACGGGCCGCGCCCACCCGGUCGCCAUGGAGCUUCCACCAGGGCAGUGCGAGGAUACCCGCGCCUCGGACGAUGACUCGGGCCCAGAGCCGGAGCCUGACCCUGAUGCACAGGCCGAAUCCUACGUGGCCCGCGUGCUUGGCCCGCCGAAGCCCGGGCUGAGUACCCCACGCGCCUCAUUACAGUCCGCGCCUGCAGCGGACCCUGGCUCUCUGGAACCCUGGGCUCCAUCCAGGGUCCCGAUGGUGGGUGCGCCGGGCCUGCUGAACCUGCCCCCGGAGCUGCUCCUCGAGAUUUGCGCCUACCUGGACGCGCGCCUCGUGCUCCAUGUCCUUCCGCGCGUGUGCCACGCACUGCGCGACCUUGUGCGCGACCACGCCACCUGGAGGCUCCGCGCGCAGCGCCGCGUUCGCGCGCCCUACCCAGUGGUGGAAGAGGAGGACUUCAACUGGCCAAUGGCGUGCAUGGAGCUGGAGCAGCACCUGGCAUGCUGGGCUGAGGAUGGGCGCCGGGCCGAGUACUUCUGCCUGGCUGAUGGGCACUUUGCAUCCAUUGACUCGGUGCUGCUGCUUCAGGGUGGGACGCUUUGUCUGUCCGGCUCUCGAGAUCGCAACAUCAACCUGUGGGACCUGCGGCAUCUCGGGGCAGAGCCCAGCCAGGUUCUGGUCAAGGCCUUGGGUGCCCAGAAGGGUAGCACCCACAAGGGCUGGGUGUGGUCACUGGCGGCUCAAGACCACCGUGUAUGUUCUGGAUCCUGGGACAGUACCAUCAAGCUGUGGGACAUGGCAGCUGAUGGACAACAGUUCGGUGAGAUAAAGGGCAAGGCAGCGGUGCUGUGCCUCUCCUACCAGCCUGACAUCUUGGUAGCUGGCACCUAUGACAAGAAGGUGACCAUCUACGAUCCCAGAGCGAGGACCACACCUUGGUGGUAUUCGACCGCCGCACCAACAGUGUGCAUCAGCGGCUGCAGCUGGACUCCUACCUGCUCUGCAUGUCCUACCGGGAGCCCCAGCUAUGGGCUGGCGACAACCAGGGCCUGCUGCAUGUCUUCGCCCAGGAUCACGGCUGCUUCCGGCUUGUCAGGGUCUGCAGGGCCCCUCACCCCACUCCACCCGCUCGGCCUUCUCCCUCCCCCACCCCGCUCCUCCUUCUGCCCUGAUGGCCUCCCAUGUCCCCUUCCACAGUCCUUUGACGUGGGCCACAAGUCUCAGAUCACCGGCAUCAAGCACUCGUUGGGGGCCUUGUACACCACAUCCAUGGACAAGACCAUCCGGGUGCACGUGCCCACGGACCCGCCCUGGACUUUGUGCACACGCAGCCAUCACAGCGCACUGAAUGGGAUCUGUGCUGAGGGCAAUGUGGUGGCCGCGUCCGGGGGCCUGUCACUGGAAGUCUGGAGGCUGCAGGCCUGAGCGCAUGGACAUGGACACAGUGUUGCUCUAUACUGCUGGCUGGAGGCUGAGGCCCUCAGCCUUUGGGGGCCUGGAUCCCCACUGGUGCUGCCUCUGACCCUCGGGCCCAGGACCCUGGCCACCCGGUGCCUGGGGAGGUGACUCCUCCCCUGUUCCUGUGGAAAGCAGGAGAAUAAACAGGAUGCGCUGCGCAGGCGCUUGGCGCUAGAAA